CCGGCCCCCCUACCUGAGGAUUCCAAUAUUUCGCGUUUGAGGCUGAAGCCUGAAAAGCAACAGGUUCCUGGUUAGGGUUUAUUGAUCCCCUUCUGCCAAUCUUAUCGAGCCCCAUACUUCUCCGAACUCCUCCAUUCAUCGUCAACCCAAUCUCGGAUCGCACUGAAUGGAGAUACAGACUUGUGGCAAACCAAUUGAUUCAUUGUUGGAGAAGGUGCUAUGUAUGAAUAUACUAUCUUCAGAUUAUUUCAAAGAGCUUUACCGAUUGAAGACUUACCAUGAAGUGAUAGAUGAAAUUUACAAUCAAGUUGAUCAUGUGGAGCCCUGGAUGACGGGGAACUGUCGUGGUCCUUCAACAGCUUUCUGCCUUCUUUACAAGUUCUUUACCAUGAAACUUACUGUCAAGCAAAUGCAUGGACUGUUGAAGCACCAAGAUUCUCCUUACAUAAGAGCAGUUGGAUUUCUCUAUUUGAGAUAUGCAGCAGAUCCAAAGACUCUAUGGACUUGGUAUGAACCAUACAUUAAAGAUGAUGAGGAAUUCUCUCCUGGAUCCAAUGGACGAAUGACCACAAUGGGUGUAUAUGUGCGUGAUUUGCUUCUUGGACAGUACUACUUUGAUACUCUUUUUCCCCGUAUCCCUGUUCCUGUAUUGCGGCAGGCUGUAUCUACUCUUGAGAAGAUGAAGCUCCCUACAAAACCUUCUGGCGCAACUGGGGAUUCCAGUCGUGGAUCUGAGGACACUGCUCGUCGGCCACCUUCAGUGAAAGCUGCACUUUCAGUCUCUUUUGGUCAGCGUGCCCCUCAUCGUGCAUCAACCAGGGACUCUUCUCCCGUUCGUCGCACUCUAGCACCAUCGAGUGGUGAUGACCUACGGAGAUCUCCCAGCCGUCGUAGCCAGAGUCGUGAAUAUUCUGAUAGAGAGUAUUCUGACCGGGAUAGGGAUCAAGAUCGGGACAGAGAUAGAGAACGAGAUCAUGAUCGUUAUAGGGAUCGUGAGCGUGACAAGGAACGGGAUCAUGAGCGCGACAAGGAACGGGAUCGUGAGCGCGACAAGGAACGGGAUCGUGAGCGCAACAGGGAACGGGAUCGUGAAAGGGAGCAGGAUCGAGGCCGGGACCGUGAUCGUGAUAGAGACAGAAGCCGUGAGCAAGAACGUGAUAGAAAUCGGGUCAGUGACAGGGAGAGGGAGAGGAAUAGGGAUAGGGAUAGAGAACGGAGGCAUGAUAAUGAUAGGCGAUCCAGAUAUGCAGAGAGAAGGGACUACGAGGAUAGACAUUAUAGAGAAUCUAGCUCACGUAGAAGCCGCAGUAGGAGCAGGAGCAGGAGUCGAAGUGUGCAAGCUACUGGCAAUAGUCCCUUUGAUCGUCACUCAAGUCUACCAAGAGAUGGAAGCAAAGGGAAGACAACCGCUUCUAGUAACUUGGCAAAGCUAAAAGACCUUUACGGUGAUAUUAGUGAACAGAAGGGGGAUGCCUUGGAGAGGAUUCCUAGGAGAGAUACUAGUAGUGAAGAGGUGAUUAGGCUUGGGGGUUCCACCUGGAAAUAAUUCAGGGGCGUGUUGUGUCCCGCCUCAUCACAUGCAAUGCUUGAUAUCUGAUUGACAAACACCUCCACCUCACCCAGCAAACAACAUGCUGAAUUCAAGCACCUAACUGCUGGCAUGUAUAUUAUUUUCUCAUUUUCUCUCUCCUAAUUUUCACAUUCGUCGAACUAUUGUUCUAGAAAGUCGGUAAAAGCAUAUUGCUGGAUUUAUGCCUUUGAACUUUGAAGUCUACAAUGUUCUCUUCUUUUCCAUGCUUGAAUGAGUAAUAUGGUUAUGCAUGCAUGGUAGUAAAAGGAAUACUAUAUG